UUGAGCUGAAGGAGCCGACGGACCGAUUGGAUUUACGCUCACAAAUAGUCUGAUUUAAUCCCAGAAACAUCUGGAUUAUUCCGGAGGGACUUCAAGCAUUUUUCCCUCACAGAAAUGUAUUUUAUGCCCCUGUUUGCUUUGUGGAAACUGGGAUUUUCUUAAAAUCUUUUUGUGUGAUGACACGGAGACGCUGAGUCGACAGACCUACAGGCUGCGGAUGUCAAACACACAGGCCAGGUCUUUAUUGAUCCUGAUUGAUCCUGAUUGAUCCGGCGGGUGAACAUGUCUCUGAUGUUCGGGAAGACGAGGCCGUGUAACUUCGCCGCGGUCCCUGAGCGAGGCCUGGCCGAGGUGAACGUGGUGCUGCUGGGGGUGACGGGCUGCGGGAAGUCAGCUCUGACGGUCAAGUUCCUCACCAGGCGCUUCAUCAGCGAGUACGACCCCCACCUCGAGGACAUCUACUCGUCGGAGGAGGUUGUGGACCAGCAGCCCGUCGUGGUGAAGGUGAUGGACACAGCUGACCAGGACGGUCCCGUGAACAGCGAGCGCUACCUGACGUGGGCCAGCGCCUUCCUGGUGGUCUACAGCAUCGACGACAGGAAGAGCUUCGAGGGCUGCCAGCCGUACCUGCAGACCGCCAGCCUGCAGCCCGAGACCCCCGUCAUCCUGCUGGGCAACAAGCUGGACAUGGACAGAUACAGGCAGGUGAGUAAGGCGGACGGCUCGGCGCUCGCCUCUCGGUUCGGCUGUCUGUUCUUCGAGGUGUCGGCCUGCCUGGACUUCCUGUCGGUGCAGCGGGUUUUCCACGAGGCGGUGCGGGAGGCGCGGCGGGAGGCCGAGCGCGGGCCGGCGCUCUACAUCAGCGAGGACAGAGCGCUGCUCGGGCUCUCGGCGCCCUCCUUCACCACGCCCUGCUACAAGGAGCUGCCGGCGCCGGCCACCGCCAAGCUGGUCACCGUCAAGUCAUCCAGAGCGCAGAGCAAACGCCGAGCCCCGACCCUCACCUUGCUCAAGGGCUUCAAGAUCUUCUGACACCCAGAGGCACCCAGGGUCUUUGUGAACUGACAGAAACUAAAUGAUCAAAAUUUGGAUGAUAAAUGAUGAAAACAACUGAUAAAUGUAAUUUAACUGAUGAAUUCAUUCAUAAAAGUUCACUCCGCAAAAUUGUCAGAGGUGAUUUGAAUUUGUAACUUUAC